UUUUCGCAAGAAUUGAGCCCGACAGCAAAAAGAAAGGUGACGUUUCUCUUUCUUGGUUCCGGCGCCCCACCGGGAGAGUGAGCUGCUGCCUGCGCAACUCGAGCGCCGCUUGUCGCGAGCACCGCGGCCUCGAUCCGUCAAGCUACCUAUUGUUGGUCUGAGAUAUUGUCAAUGUUCAUUUGGAGAAAGCAUGUCUGGACAGCAGGACCACGCUAGUAAAAGCUCUAGCUCAAGCAUCAGCAGCAGUACUCAAGAGAGCGAGGAGGAAGCACCUGUCCGAAGCGUCACCAUUGGUAGCCUCCUUGCCCAAGCAAAUAGCACCAGUGGACAUAGUCUUGGGAAGCGCCUGUCCCAUUUGGGGUCAAUCCCGUAUACUCCCCGAGUUAAUGGAAAAAUCCCCAAUGUUGGUAAUGCAACACUGGACCACGAACGAUUGCUGGAAAGGUUGGGCACUUAUGGUCUAGCUGAAUUUCAGAUAGAGGGGGAUGGGAAUUGUCAGGUUUAUUUACAAUUCCGAGCUUUGGCUGAUCAGAUAUAUCACAAUCCUGACUAUCAUAAGCAUGUGAGAAAAGCUGUCAUGAAACAGCUGAAGGAAUUCAGAAAACAAUAUGAAAGUUACGUACCGAUGGAAUAUAAGGUGUACUUGAAGAAAAUGAAAAGAUCUGGGGAAUGGGGAGAUCAUCUGACCUUACAAGCAGCUGCAGAUCGGUUUGGUGCCAAAAUUUGUUUGCUGACAUCAUUUAAAGACACCUGUUUAAUUGAGAUAGUCCCUAGGGAUCUAACUCCCACAAAAGAGCUUUGGCUAAGCUUCUGGUGUGAAGUACACUACAAUUCCUUGUAUGGAAUCGACGAUCUCCUGACCCGCAAGACGAAGAAGAAGCACUGGCUGUUCUAGGAGGGUUCUGAAGGAUCCAAAUUCUUUCAGCAGCUCCUGCUCUGUCCAGCCAGCGCAGCCUCUGUCUUAGUACUUACUAGUUGGCCAACACUGUAUCAUAUCCUAAGUUGAGUCUAGGCUUUACGCUUUUAUGUACAGUCGAUCUAGAUCUUGUAAAAUUCCCUCAAGGAGCAACAGGAACUGUACAACUCUUAGAUCCAUGAGAUUUUGGUGAUCUCUCCUCCAUGGGAAUGAUAGUGCUUGGGUGUAUGUACAUUAUAAAAGCUACCAGGGGCAUUUUGACGUGGGCGUUUGGAUGCCAUUCUCCAUAAUUUUUAUUCUGAA